AUGGGAAUUCUUUAUUUAUUUGAUUUCAAUAACAAAUCGAGGAAGUUUAAGAAAUUCGAGUUUUCCGCCAUCUCUCCACUUCAUCACCGAUUGGUUAAAUCCACUCCGAACCUCGUUUCAUCCGAGUCAACUAUCGACGUACAACUCUCUGAAACGAUUCAGGUGUCUGUUGUGACAAAAAAGGAAGAACAUUGGGAUGUUGGACUUUCGACGAAAAUGGAGUGCCGAAAAAGGUCAAAAAAUAUAGCAAUUACGACAAGACAAAAAAUCGAGAUGAAAAUUGUGAGAAGACCAUACGAAGAAGCAACUGUCUACACUCCAUCAGAUCUGGAUUAUGUAAUUGCAAUCGCGAAUUACUUGUCUGAUCUAUUUAAAACUUCUUUUGGAGAAAUCGUAAUUGACAUCCAAGAAAAAGAGAUUUCUGAAGUUCACUUAUUGAAUGACAAUUCUUCGGAUGGAAUGGAUAUUGUGCGUAAGGAUGGUCUCUUGGCAACUAUUGUUCAGAGAGACUAUGUGUUCAAAUUCUUGGUUUGGCAUGAGAGAUUCUCGAAGGAUGACGACGUCCAAGACAAUGGAGGCGAUGAGGAGGAAGAGAACGAAGAUGAUGAUGAUGUUGGGAGAGAAGAUGUGGAUGAGAAGGGCUCUCACCAAAGAAUCAAUCUUUCCUUUUCUUCUGACCUGUUAAAAAAUACAGUAUUCCUUCUACCUCUUCGCCACUGUUGA